UGAUGUCACAAUUCUGAGGCUGCUGCCCGCCUAAGAGGUUGUAGAAAGCUCUGUAGGUUCUCUCUGUGUGUCCUACAGGGCUCCUCGGGCCAGGUCCCUUUCUGAUGGCUUUUCUGAAAAAAUUCCUCCUCCCCAUUCUGAUGGUCUUCUUGGCCUACUACUACUAUUCUUCACAUGACGAGUUCAGACCAGAGAUGCUCCAAGGAAAGAAAGUGAUUGUCACAGGGGCCAGCAAAGGGAUUGGAAGAGAAAUGGCUUAUCAUCUGGCGAAGAUGGGAGCCCAUGUGGUGCUAACAGCAAGGUCAGAAGAAGCCCUACAGAAGGUGGUAACUCGCUGCUUAGACCUUGGAGCAGCCUCAGCACACCACAUUGCCGGCAACAUGGAAGACAUGACCUUUGCAGAAGAAUUUGUGGUGGAAGCAGGAAAGCUUAUGGGAGGACUAGACAUGCUCAUCCUCAACCACGUCUUGUAUGUCCCUCUGGGGUUUUUUCAUGAUGACAUCAACAUUGUACGCAGAAGCAUGGAGAUCAACUUCUACAGUUUUGUGGUCCUGAGUAUAACCGCCUUGCCCAUGCUGAAGCAGAGCAAAGGAAGCAUUGCUGUUGUCUCCUCAGUGGCAGGGAAAGUAAGCCAUCCUCUGAUUGCUCCCUACUCUGCAAGCAAGUUUGCUCUGGAUGGAUUCUUCUCUUCCCUCAGGAGUGAGUUUUUAGUGAACAGAGUCAAUGUGUCAAUCACUCUAUGUGUCCUCGGCUUAGUAGACACAGAAACAGCCAUGAAGGCAACUUCUGGGAUAUACACAGGCUAUGCAGCUCCAAAGGAAGAGUGUGCCCUGGAGAUCAUCAAAGGGACAGUUCUACGUCAAGAUGAACUGUACUAUGACAGAUCAAUGUGGACCACAUUCCUGCUAGGAAAUCCAGGAAGGAAGAUUAUUGAAUUUAUCACAACAAAGAAAAUUAAGUGGGACAAAAUAAUAGGCAACUAGAAACUCCCUUGAAGUUGGUCAUGUUUAAGAAUCCUGGAAACAUUCUGCCCAAUAUUUCUCCUAGCUCUAUUCUUGAAGGCAUCAUCCCAAGGGAAUAACUAAAGCAACAUGUAUGCUAUGGAGUACCUCUCACAAUUGGAAGGAGUUCUUCUAACUCUUGCACAGUGGAAUUAUAAUUAUAAGAAAUGUUAUCAACUACUUUACAGCCUGCAGUUGUGAAACCGAUACAUAGGUACAGUUUUAUCAAGUUUACCUCCUGUAAUAUUAGGAUGCUUAACACAAUAUUAAUUAUAAUAAAUGUCACACAAUUUGAAAUUGGUAA